CGGCUUGGAGCGCAGGCUCCAGUGCGGCAGCUGAUUGGUUGCCGAGGGCUUGGUCCCAUCCCAGUGACCCCAAAGUGCUGGAAGGAGGGGGCGGGGGUGGCCCAGUGCAAAGUGCAUCCCGAAAGCCCCCUUGUCGGGACACCCCGCUGCUGACACUUCGGACCCGGUACGAUUUGGGGUCUCCCUGUCUCCAGACCUCUUGAGUCCCUCGGUAGCUGGAAGCCUCCGGCCCGGCGCGCGGCAGACCCCUGGUCUGAGCCCCUGGACCGGGACUGCCCCCCCCCCCCCCAACCCGAGCCGGCACUUCCUCCCUGAACCCCUUCCCGGAGGCUGCUCCGAGACCAAGACCUCCACCUCCAGCUUGAUCGGCUGUCUGGAUGCUCUCUGGGCUGGGGCCGUGAAGCACCGAGGAGGAUCAGGAACACUGUGUCCGGCCCUGCCCGGGGUGUUUCUUCAAUGGAGAAGUUGGUGAAUGUGGUGGAGGCUGAAAGGAGGGAGACGAGCUGCAGCUGAGGAGACAGGUUUGAGCUGGCUGGAGGACACCCGAGAGCAGAAGGGGUCUGCCCACCCACCAGAGAAGCAAGACAGAGAGUGCUUUGGACGAGCAUCCUCUCUAAAGGUGAAGAAUACUCUUGCUCUGAGACCUGGAUACACUGGGAACCCUUCCACAUGAUGCUGCUUGUACACAAUGGUCAUUAGGCAACCUGUCUACCAAGAGAAGAGUCACUCUUCUGUAAGGCUGACUCCUUUGCCCUAAUGACUGGAUGGUGAAAAGCGGACUCUGCUAGGAUGUUACACCAUCACUGUCGGAGGAACCCUGAGCUCCAGGAAGAAUUGCAGAUUCAGGCUGCAGUAGCCGCCGGGGAUGUUCACACAGUACGAAAGAUGUUGGAGCAAGGCUACUCCCCAAAUGGCCGAGAUGCUAAUGGCUGGACCUUGCUCCAUUUCUCUGCUGCAAGAGGAAAGGAGAGAUGUGUUCGGGUAUUUCUAGAACAUGGAGCCGAUCCCACCGUUAAGGACUUGAUCGGAGGCUUCACCGCUCUGCAUUACGCAGCCAUGCACGGCCGGGCCCGGAUUGCACGCCUGAUGUUAGAGUCUGAGUACAGGAGUGACAUUAUUAAUGCAAAAAGCAACGAUGGCUGGACUCCUCUCCACGUGGCUGCUCACUACGGUAGGGACUCGUUUGUCCGUCUCCUUCUGGAGUUCAAGGCUGAGGUCGAUCCACUCAGUGAUAAAGGUACAACACCACUUCAGCUGGCCAUCAUCCGAGAGAGAUCAAGCUGCGUGAAAAUCCUCCUGGACCACAACGCCAACAUCGACAUUCAGAAUGGAUUUCUGUUGCGCUAUGCUGUGAUUAAAAGCAAUCACUCUUACUGCCGAAUGUUCCUUCAGAGAGGGGCAGACACAAACUUGGGGCGCCUAGAAGACGGACAGACUCCUUUGCACUUGUCUGCCCUUCGUGACGAUGUGCUCUGUGCACGGAUGUUGUAUAACUAUGGCGCGGACACGAACACAAGGAACUAUGAAGGUCAGACCCCACUGGCCGUUUCAAUAAGUAUUUCAGGAAGUAGUCGGCCGUGUUUGGAUUUCUUACAAGAAGUCACAAGACAACCCAGAACCCUGCAGGACCUGUGCCGAAUUAAAAUUCGACAGUGUAUAGGCCUUCAAAACCUGAAGCUGCUUGAUGAACUACCAAUUGCCAAGGUCAUGAAAGACUACUUAAAACACAAAUUUGAUGAUAUCUGAUGUACCUGGACUGUGAGCAAGAUUAAGAGUUAUUCCAGCUACUCAAAAGGCUUUGGGCCUUGCACAAAGUAUAUCCUAUGCAAUUUCUGAUUUGCUGUGAAGUCAGAAGGCGGCAGGUAUACACUUUUAGGUUUUUUGUUUGUUUGUUUUUCAUUUUAGGGGAGGGAUAUAUAUAUACAUAUAUAUAUGUAUACAUAUAUACAUAUAUAUGUGUGUGUGUACACACACACACACACACACACACACCACGCUUGAAGGUCUUAAUUCGAUUUCUUGGUCCAAGUCUAUGAGGUCCAAGCCUCUCUAUACAAUACUGCAUUUAGAAAAAUUAUUUUUCCUAAAUGCACAAACACAGGCAGGUUUGAUGCUCUGGUUUCACUGGUGAACGAGGUACUAGAAACCAGUAGAACACUUGUUAAGUUUGGAGGUCUCGGGUUCACCUAGGAGAUCCUAGGUGACGCUGGAAAAUUCCUUGCGAAGAAACUUGCAGUAAUGCUAUCACCUCAUUCAUUUUUAAUGAGUACAGAUGAGCUGUUUAAAAACUCUUUUUUUCCCUUCUAAUUAAUGUAGCUUUCCAAUGGGGGAAAAAAUUCCAGUACCUCUGCUUCCUUUUGGUGUGCGCUUAUUUUUAAAUUAUUUUUUUUAAACAGCUGUAGGACACUACCCUGAGACAUUGUGUUUUGAUUCUCUCUCUCUUGUUGAAUUGUGCUUUUAAAACAAAAUCAAUGGGGAAAGGAAUUAACUUUUUAAAACCAGCGUGUUCUGUUUUUAAAAACAGUGCCUCUUGCGCGGCUCUCUUUUGGUGUAGUCUCUCGGCCUCUCACGCUUCCCAUUCCUCGGUCGCCGACUUCCUCGUGCCCCCCCAGAGCAGGAACCGCCACCUUCCAUUCCCGAUGCACACCCAAAGUGUGUCACUUCAUCUUCCAUUUUUAAGCUUUCUGUUUCAUUUCAUUGAAGGAACAAAUUCUAUAUCCUGGUGAUACAGUGUUCCCUAGAAAUAGCCCAUAGUCUUGCUAAACCAUUUAAUUUUAAUGAUUAAAUAAUUUGGGGUGGUUUCAUGGUGUUUUUGUUUUUUGUUUGUUUUGUUUUUUUCUUCCUGGUAGUAUGUAUACAUAUCUCAUGGGCACUCUUAUGAGUCUGGCAAAUUGCUAAUAUGCUAAUUAAAUAUUUCCUGUCUGUUUUGAAGGUAGGUACAGUAAAGCUCUUCAAGGCAAAUAUUUGAUUUUUCUGGGCUGUUUGGUCAUGUGUGUGCAAGAGAGACCCAGAUGUGGAGAAGUGUCAGUAGCAAGGGAGAAGGUCCCGUAGGCACUAGGCAUCAGGGAUGUGCCCUCGGACACAUGCUCGCUGCUUCAUUCGUCAUUAUGUUAGUUUGAGGAGAGCCUCAGUGAUGAUGCCCCGAUGAUGUCAUUCUUAGUGCCAUGACAAAUUUUUUGAAUAUUUAUAACUGUUAAUAAAUUUGCUAUCAUAAGUUUGCAAGGUAAGGGCUUCUCCUUUCUUGUCAGAAUUGCCAGUUUGGGGGCAUUGAACAUAACUCUUUCACCACAAAGUGUGACUAAACAGAAUCCAGUUUCACCUACUUCAGGCCAGCAGUGCCAUCUUCUCAAGCCCAGAGUUUGUCUUGGCUGCAAAGUAGCUGUGGCGUCAGAGCAUGGAAUCUUCAUGUGCCUAAAUGGUACACAAAUUCCUGCACAGACAGCUUGGGCAAGAAAGAUGAUUCAGGCACUGGGUAGUGUGGCCCCAUAGACUCCUUCAGCAAGCUAGGGCACAUGUAGCCAGUUACAGCUGAUCCCUGAGUAGCUGGGAACACAGUGGAUAGGGAUGGUGUCUGUUGUGACCUUGUCUGAAAGGUUAUCUCCAUGGAGACUCCUGUGAAGACAGCUGAUCCCUGAGUAUCUGGGAACACAGUAGAUAGGGAUGGGUACCUGUUGUGACCUUGUCUGAAAGGUCAUCUCCAUGGAGACUCCUGUAAAGACAGCUGCAUAGCUGUCUUCUCAUUCUUUAUUCAGGACCCAGGUCAAGGCUGGAGACCCAUGAACAGCAGCAGCCUGGGGGACACAAGGUGACCAGAGUUCUUGAGUGUAACUUCUGUUAGAACCCAAGCCCAUCAUGGGAAGCGGUAGGAGGAGCCUGGAGGCUGCACUCUGAGCUGCCGUGUUGGUGUCCCAGUGGCACAGGACUCAUGGGUGUGUUAAUUUGUUCAGUGAGUUAAAAAUGACAUUCACUCCCAUGAGACUGAGUCAGGGAAUCCGAAGUAAAAAGAUCAUAUUAAGGAAAAUUCUUUGUUCUGUGUGCUGCUGUGACUUCAGAAAAAAAAAGAAAAAAAAAAUUAUGAGCGCUCUUCCUGGAAUUGAAAAUUCUAUUUAAUGAAGAAGUCUAUAAUUCCAUUAUUUAUUGUUUGAGGUUUGAUUUAUCUGGAAGUUAAAAGAAUGUUCUUUGUUUAUUAAUAGAACUGCAGUCAUACACUGUGUCUUGUGGUGACUGAAAGGCUGUAUAGCUCCUACUGUGACUGUGAUGACAUACAGGUCUGCACCUGAAUUUGAUUAUCAGAGAAGUGUUCUGUGGCCAUGAGGAGAGAAAAACAAGCAUUUUCAGAAACUCCGCCUAUUGGCUAUUCUAGAAUCUUGUCUCACAAUUCGCCACUGAUUCUUUUGUGUUUCUUUUGAAAUGUAUUAUUUAAUCCUAUUCCUAAAACUUUAUAAAAUGCAUUUGGCAAAGACACCAAAGAAACCAGCUCAUAAAAGAUUAUGAUCAUUAAUGAACUGCAAACCUCAUCUUUUGCAAACAAGGGUGUUUCUUUGUAAAUAUUUGUGUUUAUAAAUGUACAGCAGAGUAAGAGUGGUUUUUUAGAUUAUUUAAUUCCCAUAUUUCUAAACUAUUUACUACAGAAUAACCCGUGCUCAUUAGUUUGGAUGACUUGAUUGUUUUGGUUUUUUUUUUUUUUUUUUUAAUUCAUUAUCAGUCAUGCGUGGAACAACAUUUCGCUGGAGAAGUCAGCAUUCUGGCAGUGGCAGGAGUCACUUUUGGAGCAUGAGGGAGUCUAGAUUCACACCCUCGUAAGACACAAGAAAGUGUAGCUUAAUAACCAGAGUGGACCAUACGAAAGCGCUUCUAACUUCCCUACUGAAUCACUGGUUAGCCCAGGAUGGGAUUGGGACAAGGCCGUUUGCCCACAAAUUUAGCUUUCAUGUAACUCCCAGUGUGUUGUAUCAUAAUAUAUUCUGUUCUUUCUUUGUAAUGUAAGUUUUGCUUUGGGUCAAUUUGAAUUAAAAAAAAAAAAUCUUAAAUCUGGUUUAAAAAAACA